GCAGCCCCAGCCGGAGCUGCAGCCUGAGCCACAGUCGGCCAGAGCCGCUGGAGAACCCAGCCCUGAGGUGAGCUGCUGCGGCCUGUGGCCCAGGUGGUCCCCCCGCGCUCAGCACUGAGACCCGCAGCAAGCUCCAGCGCCAGAGCGAUGCCGAUGGGGGUCCCGAUGGGGAAGUCGAUGCUGGUGCUGCUGACCUUCUUGGCCUUGGCCUCGUGCUGCUUUGCUGCUUACCGCCCCAGUGAGACUCUGUGCGGCGGGGAGCUGGUGGACACCCUCCAGUUUGUCUGUGGGGACCGCGGCUUCUACUUCAGACUUCCAGGCAGGCCGGCGAGCCGCGUGACCCGCCGCAGCAGCCGUGGCAUCGUGGAAGAGUGCUGUUUCCGUAGCUGCGACCUGGCCCUUCUGGAGACCUACUGUGCCACCCCCGCCAAGUCCGAGAGGGACGUGUCGACCCCUCCGACCGUGCUUCCGGACAACUUCCCCAGAUACCCCGUGGGCAAGUUCUUCCAAUACGACACCUGGAAGCAGUCCGCCCAACGCCUGCGCAGAGGUCUGCCUGCCCUCCUGCGCGCCCGGCGGGGUCGCAUGCUCGCCAAGGAGCUCGAGGCGUUCAGAGAGGCCAAGCGUCACCGUCCGCUGAUCGCCCUGCCCACCCACGACCCCGCCACCCACGGGGGCGCCUCUCCAGAGGCAUCCGGCAAUCAGAAGUGAGCCAAAAUGUCGCGUAAUUCUGCAAGACGGCACCGUCCACCUCGUGCCCUCCUCUUGACCAGGGGCUAUUCCAUCGGGUCCCGCCUCUAACAUCUCUCGAGGUCGCGUUCCCUCUGCGGGCUCCCCCACCCCCAGCCCCCAUGCCCCAACCUCCCCAUGUCAGGCUCUUCUCUCCUUGGCCCUCUCCAUCAGGCUGAGGAGAUCCUAGUAACACCUCUAAAAAUGUACAAACUCAAUUGGCUUUCAUAACCCCCCAAAAUUACCCCCCCCAAAUUAUCCCAAAUUACACAACAGAAAAACCUACGAAUUUCUGAAAAUAUCUCUCUCUCUCUCUCUCUCUCUCUCUCUCUCACACACACACACACACACACACACACACACACAUCAGUCCC